AUGAGUAAUAUUUACAUUCAAGAGCCAGCUACUCGUGGCAAAGUUGUUUUAGAUACAACUGUUGGUGAUAUUGAAAUUAAUGCCCAUUAUGGUUAUUAUGAUGGUACAGUUUUUCAUCGAGUUGUACCAAAUUUUAUUGCACAAGCUGGUGAUCCAACUGGAACAGGUGAAGGAGAUGAAUCAGCAAUUGGUGAAUUCUUUGCAGAUGAAUUUCAUACAUGUUUACGUUUUAAUCGUCGUGGUCUUGUUGGUAUAGUUAAUCAAGGACCAAAUACUAAUGCUAGUCAAUUCUUUUUUACUUUAGGUAGUACUCCAGAACUUGAUAAAAAGAAUACAUUAUUUGGCAAAGUUGUUGGUAAUACAUUAUUUAAUAUGUUGACAUUAGGUGAAGGAGAAAUUAUUGGUGAAAUACCAGUACAUAAACAUAAAAUAAUUAAAGCAGAAAUUAUAUCAAAUCCAUUUGAUAAUAUGGAAUCUCGACCUCGAGCUAAAUCACAAAUGAUUGAUGAUGAUAAUGAUGAAAUAAAUAAAAAGUCGAAAGAAACUGUACAAGCUAAAGCAAUCAAAAAUUAUGGUCUUCUUUCAUUUGGAAAUGAAGCUGAAGAAGAUGAAGAAGAAAUAACAAAAAUUUCAAUGACAUUCAAACAAUUAGGAACGGGAAAAAGUGCACAUGAUUUAACUAAUGAUUCAACAUUAAGUAAAAAUACAGUUGUAUUAAAUGAAAAUAAUGACGAAAGUGAUGAAGAAUUACCUAUAGAAAAACAAAAUUUUAAAAUAAAAGAAAAAAGUGAUGCAGAUUUUGAUAAAGAAGAACUUGAUAAAACACUUGAUUUAUUAGAAAGAUUUCGUGUAAAAGUUCAUACUGCUAACGAUGAACAAAUUAGUGAACCUUUAAAUGAAACACAAUCAGAACAAAUAGCUGAUAAAGUUCAAACACCAUUUUUAAAACAUACUUUUGUAUCUCAAGAUUUAUUAGAUAAUGUUCAAGAUAUUUAUACGAAUGCUGAAUUAUUAACUGUUUAUGAUCCAAGAAAUCCAAUGACUAAACGACGACGAGAUGAAAGUAGUAUGUUACUUCAUCAAAAAAAACAUAAAGGACGUACAUAA